CCCGCACCGCACCGGGCGAGAGCCGUAACAACCACCCGCUACCAGUGUCCUGUCCCGCCCGCCUGUCCGUGUGUCCCUCCCGUCUUCUCUCUCCACCGCUCGGCUCGCGCGCGCAAGCGGCGGGGCGGCGUGGCUACGGAGGCGGGAAGCGCCGGUUUGGGGACGUCGGCGGCGGCGGCGGGCCUCGCCGGCGGCGAGCUGGUUUGGGUAUGAGAGGGGUUAUCCAUGCGGCGCCGACCACCAGCGUCCCCUGCGGAUUCAUGGACGGCCUCCUCAUCUUCGUCUUCUACCUCUCGCUUCCUAUACGUGGCGGCCGCAACCACUCGUUAACCGCCUCUAAUUGUUAGCCGCCGCCGGCCCCGAUCGGUCGGUCGGCCCACGUCGAUCUCCCUCGCCGCACGCGCUCUCGUCACUCACGGUCCACGACGCCGUCGGGCGCAGCUCGGAUCGGGUCCGCAGAGGAUGGACCAGCCACCGAAUGGCUUCGCCGCUGGAGGUUUUUUCAAGCACAUCGAUGGGCAAAACUCUUCUCCCCCUUCUGUAAUUGUAAUAGGGGGCGGGAUUUCAGGCAUUGCAGCCGCUCGUGCUUUGUCAAAUGCUUCAUUUAAGGUCACGCUCUUAGAGUCGAGGGACCGACUUGGUGGCCGUGUGCACACUGACUAUUCUUUUGGAUGUCCAAUUGACAUGGGUGCAUCUUGGUUGCAUGGUGUAUGCAAUGAGAAUUCUUUGGCGCCAUUGAUUAGGAUGCUUGGGCUUAGAUUAUAUCGCACAAGUGGUGAUAACUCUGUAUUGUAUGACCAUGAUUUAGAGAGCUAUGCCCUAUUUGAUAAAAAUGGUCAGCAAGUUCCCCAGGAGAUAGUUAUGAAAGUUGGGGAAAUAUUUGAGAAAAUUCUUAAGGAGACGGUCAAAGUAAGAGAUGAACAUGCAAACGACAUGGCUCUCAUUCAAGCCAUGGCAAUUGUGCUUGACAGGAAUCCACAUCUGAAGCUGGAGGGCCUGGAAUAUGAAGUGCUGCAGUGGUGUAUAUGUAGACUGGAGGCAUGGUUUGCCACAGACACGGACAAUAUAUCUCUGAAAAACUGGGAUCAGGAACAUGUGCUUACUGGUGGACAUGGUCUCAUGGUGAAUGGCUAUGAUCCUGUCAUCAAAGCUCUCGCUCGAGAUCUUGAUGUUCACCUCAACCACAGGGUCACAAAGAUCAUUCAGCGUUAUAAUAAGGUUAUUGUUUGUGUGGAAGAUGGCGCAAGUUUUGUUGCAGAUGCUGCCAUAAUAACUGUCCCUCUCGGUGUACUUAAGGCAAAUAUCAUCAAGUUUGAACCUGAGCUACCAAGAGAGAAACUUUCAGCAAUCGCUGAUCUUGGCGUUGGCAUUGAGAACAAGAUAGCUCUCAAGUUCAACACUGUAUUUUGGCCUAAUGUAGAAGUACUAGGCAGGGUUGCCCCAACGUCAAAUGCAUGUGGUUACUUUCUCAACCUUCACAAAGCCACAGGAAAUCCAGUCCUGGUAUGCAUGGUAGCUGGAAGUUUUGCAUACGAAAUCGAGAAGCUAUCAGAUGAAGAAUCUGUGAACUUUGUUAUGUCCCAGCUCAGGAAAAUGCUACCACAGGCAACUGAACCGGUUCAGUAUCUGGUUUCACGGUGGGGCAGUGACCCAAACUCACUCGGUUCCUACUCGUGCGAUCUAGUAGGGAAACCAGCUGACUUGUAUGAAAGAUUCUGCGCUCCCGUGGGCAACCUGUUUUUCGCUGGGGAGGCCGCCUGCAUCGAUCACUCUGGGUCAGUGCAUGGAGCUUAUUCUUCAGGCAUUGCCGCCGCAGAGGACUGCCGAAGGCGUCUCUCGACGCAGCUAGGCAUCUCUGACCUGUUCCAGGUCGGGAAGAUUGUUGUGAGGGAGGAGAUGAAUGAAGUCAUGGUUCCCUUCCAGAUAUCCAGGCUGUGAGGAAAGGAAGUUGUCUAUUUGAACACCGUGUUAUCCUGAAGCAGCAGAGAAGGUUAACACUUAACAAUGUUAGCUGCUUCGCAGUAUGUAUUGCGCCUUCAAAACUGUUGUACUAUCGCAGUUUGAUGUUUGAUGUAACUUCAAUAAUAUAGACCUUGUUGGAAUUUAUGGAUGUUACCGUACUCUUCUGUUUGA